CGCGAAUCAGCCUCUUGUUUUUCGCUUCUUCAAGCAACAAAGCCGCGGCAAGAUUCUCGCAUCUACCAGCUAGAUCAGUGCACUUGACAACUGCGAGUAUAUUUGCGCAGUAGCAACCACUUUCCUGAGCUUGCGCCUCCCGAAACUACUGAGUACUAGGUGUUUCUUUACCCUUGUCUCAGAGCUACAACUCGAUUGUCGUCAUCCCGAACGAGCGAACCAAGCCUCCUUGGCUGUUAGGCGCCGCCACUGUCCUACUGAAGAGCUUCAUUCCACUGCAAACGUCUUUCGCCCAGCUAAUCAAAGCACCGAAUCUCAAACGACGAGCUACGGCGACGACUUCGAGCCGAGAGCUUGCCAUCUCGCUAUAAACAAUCAGACACAAUGCCCGCUGCUGUUGGUUCCGACGGAGAGGCCAACCCUGGCCGUCUUCUCCUCCUCUCUAACCGACUGCCCAUCACUAUCAAGCGCUCCGACGAUGGAAGCUACAGCUUCUCCAUGUCGUCUGGUGGCCUCGUCACUGGCCUCAGCGGCCUCAGCAAAACGACCAGCUUCCAGUGGUAUGGCUGGCCGGGCCUUGAGGUUCCCGAAAACGAGGUCGACGGCAUGAAGCGCCGUCUAAAAGAUGAGUACGGCGCUCAUCCUGUAUUCAUCGACGAUGAACUGGCCGACAGACAUUACAACGGCUUUGCUAACUCUAUCCUGUGGCCUCUCUUCCACUACCACCCCGGCGAGAUUACCUUUGACGAGUCGGCGUGGAGCGCAUAUCAAGAAGUCAACCGCCUCUUCGCAAAGACAGUCAUCAAGGAUGUGCAGGACGGCGACCUUAUUUGGGUCCACGACUACCACUUGAUGCUUCUGCCUCAGAUGCUGCGAGAAGAGCUUGGAGACUCCAAGAAGGAUGUCAAGAUUGGCUUCUUCCUGCACACGCCUUUCCCCAGCAGUGAAAUCUAUCGAAUUCUGCCUGUGCGAGAGGCUCUGCUCACCGGUCUCCUUGACUGCGACCUGAUUGGCUUCCACACUUACGAUUAUGCUCGCCAUUUCCUCAGCAGCUGUUCCCGAAUUCUUGAUACCCCAACUACCCCCAACGGCGUUGAUUGGAACGGCCGCUUUGUCACGGUUGGAGCAUUUCCCAUCGGCAUCGACCCCGAAAAAUUCGUCGAAGGCCUUCAGCGACCCAAGGUCCAAGAGCGAAUCGCCGCCCUCAGCCGCAAAUUUGAGGGUGUUAAGCUGAUUGUUGGCGUCGACCGACUGGAUUACAUCAAGGGCGUGCCUCAGAAGCUACAUGCUCUGGAAGUAUUCUUGACGGAACACCCUGAAUGGAUUGGCAAGAUUGUCCUUGUGCAAGUUGCAGUUCCAUCUCGACAAGACGUCGAGGAAUAUCAAAAUCUUCGCGCCGUCGUCAACGAACUUGUUGGUCGCAUCAACGGCAAGUUCGGCACCAUUGAAUUCAUGCCCAUCCAUUUCCUCCACCAGUCUGUUUCUUUCGAAGAGCUUACAGCGCUAUAUGCCGUCUCGGAUGUGUGCCUGGUCUCAUCUACGCGUGACGGCAUGAACCUGGUUUCGUACGAGUACAUUGCCACUCAGCGCGAAAACCAUGGCGUCAUGAUUCUCAGCGAGUUCACCGGCGCCGCCCAAUCUCUCAACGGCAGUCUUAUUGUCAACCCUUGGAACACCGAGGAGCUUGCCAAUGCCAUCCACGAUGCCGUUACCAUGAGCCCCGAGCAGCGCGAGGCAAACUACCGUAAGCUCGAGCGUUACGUCUUCAAGUACACGAGCGCCUGGUGGGGAGCCAGCUUCGUAGCUGAGAUGACGCGCCUCUCUGCGGAGAACACGCAGUCCAAGACGCUGCGCAACAUCUCUGGAGCAGUCGUGGGUCUUGGCCAAAAGGUGCAGCAGAUCGCCGAAGAGGCCAAGGACUUGGUAACAGGCGGCGAACAGGCUUCUUCGGGGGCGCCUGAGACAUCUGAAUAGGCCUACUAGCUGCUUUCUUUCAUUUUUGCUUCUCUUCUCUUUCUGAUUCUUAGUCUUUUGGUGACCUAAAGGUUUUCUUUUUGUAUCUGUUUACGCUGGGUUAGCGAGUGGGAAAAAAAACGUGCAUGUAUGAGUCUAUUAUUUAUUUAUUUUCUCCGCCUUCUAUAUCAUAUUAAUUCCCACUUCUUCUCUCUUUGAACUUUGGUGGGAAUGAUAUAUUCUUCUAUUUAGAUGUUCCAUGAACGUAUCCGUUGUGGUCGCUGGUUUGAAAAGGGAAAGGUCAGCAAUAGUCCGUCGUCGAGAUGGAUUGUAUUAGCUGUUUAUUAGCAGAGGAUAGAAAAGCAAAUUAGUUCAUUCUUACGUCAAUAUAUAUAUACAUCAUAGUGCUUCUGCACGAUUGUUAUUGGAUC